AUGCAAAAAAAGGGGCGAGGUUCCAAAGCAAAAUCAGGUGUGUGGCUACUUUUUGGAGCCGGUUCAUGACUUUGUAUACGGGAGAAAAUGGGGCAUUCUCCGAAGGGACAUCUUACCUUGGAGGGACCAAUAACGCAGGAGCGACUCCACCGGAUAAUCCGAAGAAGCGGGGCCAUUAGAGCCGGCGCCACGAUAGACCCCGACCGAAGAAGGAAGGAGUACGAAAACGAGGGGUACUCCGGCAUUAUGUAUUACUCCAAGACGCAGAACAUGACGGUAGCCGAGGACAAACUGUUUGAAAUCAGAGUUCCUUCGGCAAACGAUCAAGCGAAGAGCAACGCUCAGUCGGAACCCGGCUACGUGUACGUCAUAGUUGGAGAAAGGGUCAUUACCGGCGGCGGUGGUAGUAGUUGGUGGAGUUCGUGUAUCAUUUUGUAAAAACAGAGAGCAUCCUGCGAACUAAUUACGCAUGCGCAGUGUAGACAUAUCUACGCUCGCCCCUCCCCGCCCAACUCGCGAUUGAUGAGAUGGCGAGCGUCGGUGUGCCGGACGCUAAGGAGUUGGAGGGAAGAAAGGACGGCGAGAACCGUCCAGUCCGUCCAGUCCCGCGAUUUCUUCUGGGACUCGGUCACGCUCUUCGUGGUCGGCGCCAUUCUCUCUCUGUCGGCG